CUGCUUCUCCCUCUUUCUCUAAACAUAAAACAUCCUUUCCCCUCCACUAAAUGCCGCACCACACCCACACCCCCUACAUACAUUCUCUCCUCCUCCUCCUAUCCCCAUUUCUUUCUCUCCUCUCUCUCUCUGUCUCUCUGUCUCUCUCUCUCUCUCUCUAGAAUAAUAGCUCCAGUUGAUUGCAGCAAUGGCAGGUGCUGAGCAGGAAGAGGAACUGAUAUGUUUUUGAAGAUAGAUUCGCACUAGCAAAUUAAAAGGUUUUAUUGCUUGAGUACAAUACCCCAAUAGCAAAAAGAUCAAAAGGGGCAAAAAUAAACAAGGAUGAGGCGAAGACUUGCUUGUUGCACCCGCGACCGGGAGAUUAGCAUCGACUUUGACGACCAAGAGAGGAUAAUGACAUACAAUGGACUUGAAAAUUGCAUUCUCAGCAGUCAAUCUUUUGAAAAUGAAAGCAGAACAAGUAGAGGAGAUGGCUUUAUAACUGACUCACUGGACGAUGAUGCAUCAACCUGUUCUUCAGGAAAGGAUGCUUCUGGAUCUAUCUCGUCAAAAUGGAUGACGGUGAACAAGGAUGAACAAAGUCUUGAUGAAUGGGAUCACUUGGACAGACCCCAGCAUUUCUAUGUUAACCAAAAACCUGAUUAUCCGCUUCAGAACUCAGAUGUCGAGGCAAUGAAAGAAAAAUUUGCAAAGCUGUUAUUGGGUGAAGAUGUCACCGGAGGGAACAAGGGCCUCAGCACUGCACUUGCACUGUCAAAUGCCAUUACAAACCUAGCAGCAACGAUUUUUGGAGAACUGUGGAAACUCGAACCACUACCUGAAGAGAGGAAAAACAAAUGGCGACGAGAAAUGGACUGGUUUCUUACACCUACAAACUAUAUGGUUGAGCUGGUUCCUGCCAAGCAAAAUGGUGCAAAUGGUAGAACACUAGAGAUUAUGACCCCAAAAGCCCGUGCAGACAUACACAUGAAUCUUCCAGCACUUAAGAAGUUGGACUCCAUGCUUAUUGACACACUUGAGGCAAUGGUCGAUACUGAGUUUUGGUAUGCAGAAGGAGGUAGCCGGGCAGAAGGGAGGAACAAAAUGACAUGUCAGAGCAAGAGAUGGUGGCUACCAACACCCCAAGUACCAGCUACUGGGCUCUCUGAUACAUCUAAAAGGAAAUUGCUUAGUCAUGGAAGGAUAGUGCAUCAAGUAUUCAAGGCUGCCAGAUCUAUCAACGAAAGUGUGCUGCUUGAAAUGCCUGUGCCAACCAUUAUCAGGGAUGCACUUCCGAAGUCUGGAAAAGCAAGCCUUACCGAGGAACUGAACAAGGUCUUGACUGCUGAAACAAACUCAGCUGAGGAAAUGCUCAAUUCACUCAAUCUAAAAUCCGAGCACAAUGCCCUUGAAGUCAUUAACAGGCUGGAAGCUGCUGUAUUCUCUUGGAAAGAAAGAAUCGCAGAACAAGCGAGCAGUAAAUCUCCUGCUCGAACAUCUUGGUCCUUCAUUAAGGACCCUUUAUCUGAGAUUGAUAAGAUGGAGUCACUAUUGGAUCAAGCCGAAGUACUUAUACAGCAGCUGAAGACCAAAUACCCCAACCUUCCCCAAACUUUUCUAGAUGUUACAAAAAUCCAAUACGGCAAGGAUAUUGGUCAUUCAAUUCUGGAAGCAUAUUCACGAGUACUUGGAAACUUGGCAUUCAGCAUACUGUCCAGAGUAGGAGAUGUUUUGCAAGAAGAUGCUUUGCACAAUCCCGACUCAUGUACAGAAUCAUGUUACUUUCCGGGGACUAGUAUCAGCUGUAACUCAAACAGUUACUCAUUCAUUGAUGGCAACAGUGGGGUUCCCCGGCAUUCUGAUUCUACUUUGGGUAGCAUCGUUUUAGAAUUUUCAUAUAAUGUAGCAAAAGGUAGCCCUGUGACUGCAACACCAAGCCGAUCACGUGUAUGGUGCGUUGGUAGAGAGGCUUGUGUAAGUGUUUCCCCUACAAACUCCCCUUGAUGAAAAUGUAUGGGAGCAGCAGAAACUCUUAUUGUAAAUGGUUAUUAUUAUAUUUAAUGCAGUACUACAAAUCUCAAUUUA